GUGUUUUAAGGUAAUUUCAGGUGCAUAGUCCAUCUCUGUAUUUAUUUUAUAUUGUUAUAGUAUUAUUUAUAUUAGAUUGACUUUUUUCUUCUCUUUUCAUCAAAAUGUGGCAGAAGUUAAUUUCACAGUCAUUGUUUUUAGGACACUCCAGGAGGCUGAUGUCUACCAUCAAAAGUGACAAACUUAAAGGAAAAGUAGCAAUUGUUACUGCUUCAACUGAUGGAAUUGGAUUGGAAAUAAGUCGUAGACUUGGCCAGGAAGGUGCUUCAGUGAUCAUUAGUAGCCGGAGAAAGGAAAAUGUGAACAAGGCAGUUGACGAAUUGAAAAAUCAGGGACUUGAUGUCCUUGGAACUGUUUGCCAUGUUUCUAAAGAGGAAGAUCGAAAGCACUUAAUUGAUUUUACAAUCAAAGAGAAAGGAGCAAUCGAUUAUUUCGUCUCUAAUGCUGCUAUUAAUCCAGUUAUGAUGCCGAUUCUUGAGACUGGCGAAGGUGCUUGGGAUAAGAUAUUUGAAGUUAAUGUUAAAUCUGCAUUUUUAUUAACUAAAGCGGUAGCUCCACACAUGGAAAAAAGGGGAGGUGGCUCAAUCAUCUACAUUUCAUCAAUAGGAGGCUAUCAACCACUACCUUUAAUCGGUGCUUAUUCAGUCAGUAAAACGGCUCUUCUUGGUUUAACAAAAGCUGUCGCUAAUGAAACGGCGGCAAGUAAUAUCAGAGUAAACUGUAUAUGUCCUGGUAUAAUAAAAACAAAAUUUAGUCGUGCUUUAUGGGAAAAUGAAGGAAUCAAUGAAGAAAUGAAUCGAAUGAUCCCAAUGCACAGAAUUGGAAAACCUGAGGAAGUUGCUUCACUCGUUUCAUUCUUGUGUUCGGAUGAUGCAUCCUACAUAACUGGGGAAAGUUUUGUUGUUGCUGGUGGAUAUUAUUCAAGACUUUAAAAUUUACUUAAUUUGUUGCGUUUUAUUAAUUGCGGUAGCUGUCAAAGAUAGGAAAAGUUAGAAAAAUUUAAACCAAUGUCUACGAAUCAAAACAUGAUGGUUAAAUGCAAAUUUGAUUGAAGUACUAAUCAAAUGCGCUGAUUUGACUACAUACUUAGCUUAUUAAAUCAAUAGAAAUUCAUUAUUUGAGUUGAUCUUUAUAUUUAAAUGUCUUUUUUGUAAUAAUCUUUAUUAAAAUUUAUUUUUAUUAUUCUUUUUA